AUCUCAUCAUCUUGAUCUAAUAAGUAUUCCUACAUACAAAUCCACUAAAACUAUCCGUUAAAAGAAUGCGCGACACAACAUGGCUCGAGCGACUUGGCCUAGCUCUGCGAACCGCCAUGGCUUGUCUCAUCGUGAGCUUAACCACUUUGUACGGUCCCAAACAACUAAAACACUUCACCACGUUUCCAGCCUUUUCUUACCUGACCACAAUCCUGAUCUGGCUCUCCGAUGCUGAACCAACAUACGGUGAAGUACUCAAGUGCUGUGCUGAUGUCUUUUACGCCACUUUUCAGACAAUAGCCAUUGUGCUAGUGAGUGUCUUGGUGGUUGGACCAGCUUCACUAGGGAAUGGCUUGGUGGCUCCAGUUGCUGUGGCUCUAGCUUCAUUCAUAGUGGCUUUCCCCGUGUCCACGAGUCUGCUGACUAAACGGAUUGCUUUUGGGCAAAUCGUUGUUGUCUACGUGACUUUUGUGGUGUUCAAUGGAGAGGUGGCUCAUGUUUUCAUGCUCCCCGUUCAUGUGGCGGGAAGUACAGCACUUGGAGCCAUUGCUUCUCUCAUCGCAGUGCUUCUCCCGUUUCCAAGGCUGGCUCAUAGUCAGAUGAGUAAGGGUUGCAAAUUAUAUGCUGAAAAUGCUCUUGAGAGGUUGAAUAUGUUUGUCGAGAUCAUGAUGGCUCGAGACAACACCACAGCUCAGGUUUUGCUCGCACGGGCUGCUUCAUUGUCUGCAGCAGCUAAAAACACACUCAAGAACAUCAAAAUCCACCAUGAGCGUAUGGCAUGGGAGCGACCAGAUACAAGAUUUUUGAAAAGGAAGCAGAAGUUGGAUCCUGGAGAGAAACUGCAUGCAACAGAAUUUCUGAUGAGGGGACUGGAGCUGGCAUUGGGUUCUUGCAGUUCAUUUCCUCAAAACAUGAGCAGCGACGAACUGACUCGUCUUUUAGAAGGUCCUAGAACACAUAUUGCUCCACGGUCAGAAUCUACUCUCAAGUCCCAAGAUAGUUUAGGGUGGCAUCUUGAGGCUGGGUCUCUGUCUACUGCAGCUUUACCGGUUUGCUUCUUCCGGUACUGCGUAGAACUCUUCAGAGGUGAUUUCUUAUCUUUGAGACAAGACAGUAUAUCCGUAAAUAGAAGUAACACGGAGGAAGAAACUCACCCAGAAAAUGAAGGAUUGUCCAUAGCCAGAAAGGUUUGGGACAUUCUAUGUGUCUGGAUGGCCAGAGAAAGGUUUGUUUUUGCAUUCAAGUGCUCAAUUUCCUUAGGCCUCGCGGUGCUGUUUGGUAUAAUGUAUAAUAAAAAGAACGGGUAUUGGUCGGGUCUAACUGUAGCCAUUAGCCUUGUAAGCGGUAGGCAAGCAACAUUAACAGUAGCAAAUUCUCGUCUACAAGGGACAGCGAUGGGAUCAGUCUACGGUCUAAUAUGUUGUUCUGUUUUCCAAAGACUAGAAGAAUUCAGGUUCUUACCUCUGCUCCCUUGGAUAAUCUUGGCCGUCUUCAUGAGGCACAGCAAAGUCUAUGGCCAGCCUGGAGGAGUUACAGCUGCAAUUGCUGCACUGUUGAUACUUGGAAGGAGAAAUUAUGGAGCUCCAACCGAAUUUGCAAUCGCUCGCAUUGUUGAAGCUUCAAUCGGGUUGCUCUGUUUUGUCUUCGGGGAGAUUCUUGUCACCCCAGCAAGAGCAGCAACUCUUGCAAGAACCGAACUUUCACACUGUCUCGAUGCCCUCUUAGAUUGCAUCCAAUCACUGGUUCUUUGUUCUGAGCAGAAGAACCAGAAAACGUCAGUGGUUGCAGAUUUGAGAAAAAGGCAGGCAAAACUCAAAUCUCAUGUUGAAGCAUUAGAGAGGUUUACAGCAGAAGCCUUAACAGAGCCUAAGAUUCCAUUCCUCUGUCCACUCAACACGGUCAGUUACUACAAGCUUUUGGGCUCUUUCUCGAAGAUAUCUGACCUUUGUCUGUAUGUUUGUGAUGGCCUCAAAAAUCUAUCUGGAGUUCAACCAACACUUGGAUUUCCUUGGGACACCAUCGCUCAUGAGCUAAGAGCCUUCCAAGAAAAGCUUCACCCUACGGUGAAAUGCCUAAAAGAGAUCGCUUUAACCAAGUCUCAAGCAAGACUCCAAAAAGAGUUGCAGAAGAGAAAGAUCUGCCAUGAUGUUGAAGCAGGAACAACAUCCAACGAAAAGUACUCAAACAUGGAGUUGGGUCCAAGCCAGGAUGAUGCAGAGAGGUUUUCGGUUUCUUUCGUAAUGUUACUGAAGGAAGCAACUGACAAGAUAAGUGAUAACACAGCUGAAGAGGUCCUCAAGAGUGAAACUGCUCUAUGUUUGAGCAGUCUAGGGUUUUGCAUAAGCAGAUUGAUGCAAGAAACAAUAUGUAUUAUAACAGAAAUAACCCAUACAACUUGAUUUUGGAAGAAUUCUAGAGGAUGUAAAGUAACUAUAGCACAUACCAUUUAUGUAAGAAACAUUUGGUGUACAAGAUUAAUGUAAAACAGAGAGAAUUGUAGCAAAUGAAGCAAAUUGUUUCUC